AUUCAACAUGAUUCUCCUUUAACACACAUUUGAAUCCAAAUCCCCCCGCACCGCUCCCCUCAGGCGGAAUCUACCAGUUUCGUCCGUCUUCCCCAGGUUGAACCUCGUACAGCUGUCGAGCUCGGCUUUUCUCUCAGUCACCGCGAUCGGAGCAACAGGGAUUUCCUCGGUCUUCAGCCAGCCUUAACUCUUCAAGCAAUUGGCUGUUCUGUACAAAAUUUAUCAUACCGAUACCCUCCCUCAGUCAGUUCCUCCAAUUGGCCCGUAGAGCCUUUGGUAGGACGUCAUUGUUUCUGCCCUCUUGCCUCUCAUCGGGUUGACACUGAAGUUGUCCUCUUGCCCUCUCAACCAGCUAGCGCUACGCUUUGUUGCAGGAAGCCCCAUCCAACAUGGUUCGAAACAUCGUCAUUCUUGGCGGGAACUCCCACCCGGUCUUGACCGAGAACAUCUGUAAUAUUCUUGGCUUGCCGGUUAGCAACCGCACGCUGAGCAAAUUCUCCGUUGGUGAGACGCGCUGCGAAAUCAAAGAUUCCGUUCGCGGCAAAGAUGUCUUCAUCAUUCAGUCCGGAGGCGGUUCGGUGAACGACCACCUCAUGGAACUCUGCAUCAUGAUCUCUGCAUGCAAGAUUGGAUCUGCCAAGCGAGUCACUGCAGUUCUUCCUUUGUUUCCCUACUCACGGCAGCCUGACCUCCCCUACAACAAGGCCGGCGCUCCACUGUCGAAACCCCCGAUGGAGGUUCCCAAGGACAAGUACACCUUCGAAAGCGUUCCUGCUACGCCGGGUCCUGGCAUCCUCAAGACCCCGAGUUUCAACAAGGAUACCGACUUGGCGAGAGUUAUGAGUAGGACUUCUCUCACUAACGGAAAUGGUCAGGGACUGGCGAAUGGAACAUCUCGUUCUAACGGCGAGAGUUCUACGAGCAGUGACCCGCCUUUGAAUAUUACACCCCUUCCGGCCCGCCCUGGUCUUACGGCGAUGCAUACACAGAGCUUCACCACCCAUGAUUUGCAGAACCCUGCACUCGUAAGCACAUUUCAAGCGAAGCCAGGCUACAAGCGGUGGGUUGCACAGGCAGGUACUCUGGUGGCAGAUCUCCUCACGUGUGCUGGCGCAGAUCACGUGGUUGCGUUGGAUCUUCACGACCCCCAGUACCAAGGGUUUUUUGACAUCCCCAUGGACAACUUGUACGGCCGGCCUUUGCUCCAGCGUUAUAUUCAACAGAAUAUCCCGGAUUUCAGGGACGCCGUUAUUGUGAGUCCGGAUGCAGGUGGCGCCAAGCGGGCUACCGCUAUCGCCGAUAGUCUUGGGAUGGACUUUGCCCUCAUUCACAAGGAACGACGACCCACGCGCAUUACAGACAGACAGAAUGCCACCAUGAUGCUGGUAGGCAAUGUUGCCAACCGUGUCUGUAUCCUAAUCGACGACCUGGUCGAUACGGCCAAUACCAUCACUCGGGCCGCUAAGCUUCUGAGAAAGGAACGCGCAACCGUCGUCUAUGCUCUGAUUACCCAUGGUGUGUUCAGCGGUGAUGCGAUUCAGCGCAUCAAUCUUUCAGCUAUUGAUAAGAUUGUGGUGACCAAUUCGGUUCCUCAGGACGAACACCGGAAGGCUUGUCAAAAACUAGAUGUGUUGGACGUGUCGCCGAUCUUUGCCGAGGCUAUCCGUCGCAUUCACCACGGCGAAUCAAUCAGCGUCCUAUUUCAAUACGAUUGAAGUAUUGGUGGACACCAUGUCUAUUUAAUUUGAAUUCGCUGUAACUCGAUAGGUGGCUGGCUUUCUACGGUACGCGCCACUAUAUACUAUCGGUACCACACAGGCUGGAGAUAAGGCUUUCCGUGGUCUUUUGGCGCCGAGCGGAAAAUUUUCGCUUUCUCGGGAAAUCGU